GAGACCGGGAGCUCCGUCUGCCAUGGCCAUGGCUUCCACGCCGACGCGCACUGGAGGGGGUGCGAGUCUGUUAUGGGCGGAGCAGCGAGACGAGCAGAAGAAGGAGGAGGGGAGGAGGGAGGGAGGGAGGGGAGGGGUGGCGGACGGGGCCGCCGAGGGGAGUGGGGGAGGAGAGGAGAGGAGUGGAGAGGAGGCAAGAGAAAGCUCAGAUGCUGUGGCUCGGCCUGCCUCCGAUUGCCAACUCUCGGCGCUGCUGCUGCUUCUCCUCUCCUCGUCUCUCGGACUCUCGGCCUGACCGACCCCUCGCUCGCUCGCUCUUCUUCUUCUACUAGGUUAAUAAUGACGACGAAAAGUCUGUGAGCAGAGAGCGCUCUGUACCGCUGGCGGGUAGAGAUCUCUGCUCGGGCUCGUGGCCUGUGUUCGCCUGAGUUGAGUGUGAGUGUGGGUGUGUGUGCAUGAGUGAGUGAGUGAGGGAGUGAGAGAGAGCGAGGGAGAGAGAGUGUGAAGAAGGCAGGCAGAGGCAGGGAGGAGGGAGGGAGGGACGGAGGCAGGAAGGCAGGCAGGAAGGAAGGCUGCAGAGCAGGGCCGAGGCAGGCAGCGAGGGAGUGGGAUUGGGAUUGGGAGUGGGAGGAGACGAGGAGGAGAUUGUUGAGCCCUGCUCAUGCUCGGGUAGAGAGAGAGGGAGGGACGGGUCAGAUAUGAGAAGUGCGGGCGCGGGGAACGAAUGCUUGGAGAGGAUUUGGUGGCUGCUGGAUCCGUGCGCGUGGAAGUCACAGAGGCGAUUGAAAUUGUUACAUUUCUGAGCCCGGCAUUCUGGAAGCCUGCUUGUCUGUUUGCGUGUUCGAGGAUCCGCAUUGCGAACGACGUCGCAGAGACGAGGAAUUUGAUAUUGAGAAUUUUGCCCCGUUCCGUCCUACUCUUCUCGCAUCUCCGGUCUGGUGCUUGCUCCUUCUCUGGUUCUCUUCUCUCUCGCCCGGUGCAUCUUCCGUGCCUGGUUCGCACUCUUUGAGCCUCCGCCCCGUCCUACAUCGCCCUCCUGAAGGCCGACUUCUGCACAGGGAAUGCGGACCUGUGAUCUGACUUCUGCAGCUGGAAGAAUAAGCUGGAGGCAAGUUUCUCACUGGAGCCGCGCUCGAGUCAAGGACAGGAUUAUACCCUUCGGGACCACGCCGUCUCGGCUUUGAGCACAUAUCCUGGAGUUGGCUGGAAUGCCCGGUCGCAGGUUACAUUCCGCCCUCUCGCUGGCCCGCAUCCACUGCCCGCUCACUGCCGCAGUUGAUGUGCACGGUUCGCCUCCAGAUGCCAUACUGAUUAGUCGAGAUUGAGUUUGGCAGACGCUGGAGGUCGUUGAGGCCGUGCUGAGUAACGUCUGUCACAGGUGUGAGGUACUUCUGUGAUGUAGUCCUGGAACAUCCGCUGCGGUUGAGGGUUCAGUUCCUUCAAACUACAGCACUUGCCAUCCCAGCAGCGAGCUCAUCAUGCCAGCAGGAGCUCCCCACCUCCACACGCUCGCCAGGGCGAUCGAAGUUCCUUCUUAAUGUCUUGUCACCUGGUUUCUGCCGUACUGUAGAUUUGGUUAGCUUCGACUGGAGUGUUUUCUGCGUAUAUCUGACGGCCCUCGGCUAUCCCUUUGGUGCCGCUAGGCUGGACAGCAGUUGAACAAGAUUGUUGGUGGAAUAGGCCCGAUGACGGAACACAGGAGAUCCAAAAGGCGAAAUUUUGGAAGGCCUUUCGGAUAGCAAGCAUUCGGCAUAGGACUCACAAUGCAGGUCCAUAUAUCUCCGAGCAUGCGUCGAAUUACUAUCUCCACCACGAAUGGAUUUUUGGACCCCAUGAAGUUAAAGGGAGCUGUUCGUUAUCUGUCCUACCGAUGCCUGUUCUGGACAAUUUUGAUUCUAGUGUUUUUACUCCCAUUUUUAUUCAUCACGACAAUGAUAGCCACUCUGGAAGGUGCUAACAAGUGCACUUCAAUCUAUUGCUUAACAAGGAAGUUUGGACCAGGAGCUCCAUGGAGAUCGAAUAACAUUCCUCAACAAUAUUCACGUGAAUUCGUGACCGCCCUCGAAUUAGCAGCGAAAACUAAGCUACCGAAAGGAGUCGCUGUUCCUGAGACUAUACAUGCUCUGAUUGAUGAAGCCAAAGCUAAAAACUACGAUACGAAGACCUUACUGGCGACGCUGAGCGCCAUGGUGGAAAAUAAAGACGAGCAGACAAGGACUGCCAAAUUGCAGGAGGCACUUUAUCGACAUUUCGCGUCCAGUGGGAUUCCCAAAGGGAUGCAUUGUCUUUCUUUGAAGUUGACAUCGGAGUACUCCACCAAUGCUCUGGCUCGUCAGGAUCUUCCAUCUCCUGAUCUUGCUCCUGGGCUUACGGACAAUUCUCUCCAUCACUACGUUGUGGCAACAGACAAUGUUCUAGCAGCUUCUGUUGUGGUUUCGUCAGCUAUAAAAAAUGCUCUUGAACCUAGGAAGAUCGUCUUCCAUGUCAUCACCGACCAGAAGACAUAUGCUGCAAUGCAUUCUUGGUUUUCUUUGCAUCCGCUUCCCCCAGCUAUUGUUGAGGUGAAAGGUGUCCAUCAAUUCGACUGGUUGACCAAGGACAAUGUUCCAGUGCUGGAGGUCUUGGAAAGCUCAGCGGAUAUACUACGUUACUAUCACGGUGAUCACAGUGCAGGAACUGAUCUUUCGGAUUCUCCUACCAUAUUAGCUGCAAAGUUGCAGGCCCGUAGUCCGAAGUAUAUUUCCAUCAUGAAUCAUCUGCGUAUCUACCUACCUGAUCUUUUUCCGGAGCUCAAUAAGGUAUUAUUCCUAGACGACGAUGUGGUUGUUCAGCGAGACCUCGGACCACUGUGGGAUAUAGACAUGCAAGGAAAAGUUAAUGGAGCCGUUGAGACUUGCCGGGGCGAAGAUCCUUGGGUCAUGUCCAAGCACUUCAGGAACUAUUUCAACUUUUCGAAUCCCGUCAUCUCGAAUACAUUCAGCCCCGAUCAGUGUGCUUGGGCAUAUGGUAUGAAUAUGUUCGACCUUCACGAGUGGAGAAAAACAGAAAUUACGAAGAUAUAUCAUCGAUGGCAAAAGCUGAAUCUCAGGUCUAAUUUGACUCUUUGGCGGCUGGGUACCUUACCUCCGGCCCUUAUUGCUUUUGAUGGUUAUGUGCAUCCCAUCUCUUCAUCGUGGCACAUGCUGGGUUUGGGAUACCAUGCGAAAAGCAAUAUCGAAAAUAUAAGAAAGUCGGGCGUCAUCCACUACAACGGGCAAGCAAAGCCCUGGUUGGAAAUUGGAUUCCCAGAGUUGAGACCGUUUUGGGCCAAGUAUGUGAACUAUUCCAAUGAGUUCAUUAGGCAUUGUAACAUCCUACAACAUUGAUUUUCUUCCUUUUUUCUUCAAUUUUUUUUUUGUUCAAAGGUACAUUUGUAGCUUACAAUAUUUUUUUUUAAUGAUUUCUCCAUUUCCAACCCUGGCCCACGAAGGUUGAGAAGAAGGUUUGUUAUGACCAGAUGGCUCACUAGCCUCCUUGUCAUAGUCUUCUUCUGCUUUUUGUCAUUUGGUUCGGUACUGCACUUGAUGAUGGGAGAGCUACAGAAGGCAGGAUCUUGCUUAGGGUGUAGGGGUAAGGCAUUGGCUCAAAUUGAAAGCUUUCGAUACUCUUGAUUGAAAUUAGCUGGUGAUUUUAAGAAGUACAUUAUUUCAUCCCAAUCGAACUCUUAAUUGGAUGGAUAGAAACUAUUUGCAAAAGGAGAGAUUUGGGUCUAGCAAGAGCAUUUAAUCUGAGAUUAAUAGGACUUUGGGAUAACCGAACUCUAGUCCUUGUACACAGUACGGUGGUGACAUUCAUGUCUCAAAUCUUUAAAAUAAAUCAAUUUUGUUAUUGUUGAGAAGC